CCGCCGCACAGCUCAGCCAUCAGUCUGCUGCUGUACCGGGGGAAGGCUCUCCUGCACCGGGCCGGACCUCACCAUCGUACCCUGCCUCUCUGGAGCCUUUUUCGGCCAGACAUGUUUUGUGUGCAGCAGUAACGUGGAGGAGACGGGGGGCGAUUUCUGUGCUACUGUUUGGUCCUCAAGGGGAUGAGCCAGUUGUUGAUUCUAAGCUGCAAAGAGAAGAAGCCGCACAGAGAGGGCAAAGGACUGCUCGCAGUGAACAGGUGGCCUAAAACGAUGAAGGACAGUCGGCCAGUGCAGGACUAGCCCAAACCGAGGGAUCUGGAGUGGAGGUGGAGGAGGAAGAGGAGGGGGAAGACCAUAGAGAGACAAAGUAAAUCACAUGACCAGGCCCUGGGAAAGGCUCCAAAUUAGUGAUGUUCCCCUCGGGCAGGGAUUACCUCCUCCCCGUCGUCUACCUCUCCAUCGCUCCCGCUCUUCCUCCCUCGCUCAGCACUGCAGCCUUCCAGCUCCAAGACUCUGAGCCGUGAGAGCUCGCUGUGCUCAACCACCCACACACAAACACCAACUCACACACUCUCUCACACGCACGCACGCACACACACACACACACACGCACGCACGCACGCACGCACGCACACACACACUUUUGCAUCCUGCUCAUGGUCGUUGGCCUGUCCUCAGCUGCUGCUCCUGCUCUAGUCCGUGACCAUGAAGAGGCCCAAGCAGCAGACGGGGCCGCUGAGCUUCCUGAACUUCUUCAGCAGGAAGCCCAAAUCAGAGUCGAGGCCCGAGCGGCCGCUGGAAGCCUGGCCCAGAGAGGAGGUGGCCAUAACCCUGACGCCCAGCGAGCACCCCAAGCAGCUGUGUUACUGUUCACAGGACCUCACAGCAGAAGAGGCUGGAGGAGAAAGAGGAGAAGGCGGGGGUCCUCCAGCGGCAGCGCGGGGGCCAGCGGAGGCCGGUGCCGCCACAGCUGAGUGCGUGGGCGGGGUCAGCAGCGGCUCCACCGGCGUCCUGUCCCUCUCCUCCUCCAGCCAGGAGCAGCUAUUGGACGAGCACCUGGAGGAGUGCCCACUGUGCCUGCUCAGUCAGCCGCGCUGCCACUUCCCACGACUCACCUCCUGCUCCCACCGAACAUGCUCCGACUGCCUCCGCCAGUACUUGCGCAUCGAGAUAUCGGAGAGCCGGGUGGGCAUCGCCUGCCCGCAGUGCCCCGAGACCCUGGCGCCGAUGGAUGUCCAGUCCAUCCUGGACGACCAGGCGCUGCUAGAGCGCUUUGAGGAGUACCAGUUGAGGCGUUUCCUGGCUGCUGAUCCAGAUACACGCUGGUGCCCUGCGCCUGACUGCAGGUGAG